AUGUCGACACCGAAAACUGAGACAGUUGGCGAGAAGCGCGAUGGGAACACGGGCGAAGAGCAAAGCAUUUCAAUAGCCACCGCUUCUACGCCUCGAGUUUCCAGCGUGGGUGAGGCCACGUCGCAUCUGCAAACGCAAGCGGGCGAAUCCCCCGCGAAACCUGGCAUUCAGACGCGUCAAAAGCGCGUCCUACCGUCGCGGUCGCGAAGAGGCGGCCCUGGCGUGGGCAGUACAGAAAUAGACGUCAUGAUACUGGACAACCUGAAGCGGAGGCUCGAAAGCGAGCCCCUAAUUCCGGCCGAAUCACGAUUUCUACUCACCACGAACUCCUCCCUAGUCCCUUCAACGUCGGUUUCCGGCUCCUUUCAGGCAGAGCUCAAUAGCUCAGCAUAUAUCCGCUAUUUCGACCGUCCAGAGGUCCAGAAAGCAUACCGAGAGCAGCAGAUCAUACAGACGCCUGAGUUCACACAGCUUGACGAAGAUGCCAAUGUUGGCGGCCGCUUUAGACCGAGGGGUGCAGAAGAUGAGUCCGCAGACACGUCUGAUGCAAUGUACGAAAAGCGCCAUCGCAAAUACGAGACAUUUGAGAAGCGACAGCGCCUGCGAGAGAAGGAAAAGCUCAAGCAUGAACAGUACAAGCUCAAGGAACGUAUGGAGCAACUGCGCGCCAUGGACACCCCCGCAUUCCUCACACUGCCCGCGUCGGAUUUUCCUGUGACCUCUGAGGAACCGCCCGAAGUAAUCCCCGAAGACGACCCUGAGUACAAUGAUAUUCAAGGUGCUCCUACAACUAUUUCCGCCGCACACAUUGAAGGCGAACGGCGACGGAAGCUGAUGCUUGACAUCGCUCUCAGCUUGGAGGAGCGGUACCGGACGCUUUUGCCGCCCGACCGAAGAUGGCUGGAGAAAAAGAACAACAAGCCAGAAAGCAUCAGUGCCUCCGGAGGCACUCCAGCGGCCAGACAGUCGAUACCCAUCGAGGUCGAGGAGGAGGGAGAAGAAGAGAUCGACGAGCUCAUGGAGUCGGACGAGGAGCCUGUGAAAGAGCCCCCACCGAAACCAUAUCAUGACGAGGAUGGCGAGUCUGAGGUCGACUUCGAGGCGCGCGAGCGCGAGCGGUCCAAGGGGCUUAAGCUACGGAUCAAAUUCCCGCCGCGCACCCCCUCACAGCUCAAGGACGCGCUCGCGAAGCAGGCGUCCGCAAAGAAGAAACAAUCCACGCUAUCACCCUUCCUUGCGAAACAUGCCGCCGAGACACCGCGGACGGACACUCAUGCACGCGUCAUCUCAACUGCCUCAUCCAUCGUCACCGCACCUGCUGGCCCUGUGCGCGUGCGCGAUGCCGACGGGAGGUUUCUCUCAAAAAACAAGAGCUCGUCCGCGGAGUCUGCGUCGGCGAAGCUGCCGCCCAAAAAGAAAUAUCGCACCGACGGCGCAUCUCGAGCAGAAUCGAUCUCCGCUGUCGGCCGCACUCUCUCCAGGGGUUCGCCGUCCAUCGGAAAGGGACACGCAUCGUACGCGGGGGCAGCUGGCAGACCGGAGCCCACGACGUGCGUUCUCAUGAUAUCUGCGAUGCGUAACUCUGCUGCGCCGAACGUCAGGAAGACGCAGCGGCACAUCACUGCGUUCGGGGCGCGGGUCCCGCAAGAGCUUGAGGAGGUGCGGGACUUUGAGAUUCCCCACUGGGUAUUAGCGGGUGCGCAGUCGGGCAGUCAGGACGGGUGGGACAAUGAGAGCGAUGACGACCCGUAUUUCAACGGCCAGCCGUGGAAUGGCCAGGGUAAUGGGUUUUUUAACAAGAUCAAGCGCGAGUCACCGUCCAGCGCGCCGUCAGUAGGAGGUCCACCACCGGGACCAGAUGAUGACGACCGCGUCCAGAUUACCGUUCUCGAGGAAUGA